AUGUUAGCAGAGAAGCUGGUAAGAAAUAAGGUUGAUGGUCUAGAUGAAGAUCCUCCCAACACUGAACAGCCAACUAUGGUUCAAAGAGGAAACCAAAUAAAAAUGGUGAAUCCUUGGAAAGAGAUAUGUACUGAAGACACUGAUCUAAAUUGUAUUUCACAUUGUGACAAGAAUGAUCUAGAUGCUGGUGGAAUUAUGAUGGAUGGGCUUGGUUUCCUCUUUAAGGGUACAAUAACAGCUCCAAAAGGUACUUUCCUUUUAGCAAUUCUCCUGGUCAAAGAAAUCUACAUAUCUCAAACAGCUGAAUUCCGGAAGAAGAAAGAUACAUAA